GUUCUGAACAUUCUCGCUGUCGCAGUGUCAAGCCUCUCCUUCUCCCCUGUACCUAAAACCCUAAAAGACAAAACAAAACCCUAUUAUCAUUGAUCGUUGUAAUGAACCAAAACCCUAAAUUGUAAGAACCAAGCGAAGCUUGUCCCAAUAACAAUGAGUGUAGUGAUAGCAUCAUCUUCAAUCGACGGCGGCAUCGGUUGCUGGGACCUACAGACAGGGGCAGAGCAACUCCGUUACAAAACUUGCGCCUCCCCUCCACACGGCCUCACCACCGUCGGUUGCCGUUUCCUCGCCUGCUCUCAACUUCGUGACCCCUCCGCCACCUCCGGUCACCUCCUUUAUUGGUCUUGGUCCAAGCCUCAAGCCCAAGUUAAAAGCUUUCCCGUUGAACCCAUUAAACCGCUUAUUGCUAAUAGCGAUGGUACUUACAUAGUUGGUGGAGGUUCAUCAGGUGAUAUUUACAUUUGGGAGGUUGCUACGGGUAGGUUAUUGAAGAAAUGGCAUGCUCAUUAUAGAGCAAUUACAUGUUUAGUUUUCUCUGAAGAUGAUUCACUUCUCAUUUCCGGGUCCGAAGAUGGAUGCGUUCGAGUUUGGUCGCUUUUCAUGAUAUUCGAUGAUGUUAGACGGCAGCAGGUUAGUCAUCUUUAUGAGUAUAGUUUUACGGAACAUACUCUGCGUGUAACAGAUAUUGUUAUUGGUUAUGGCGGAGGGAAUGCGAUCAUCGUGUCGGCUUCCGAGGACCGAACUUGUAAGGUAUGGAGCUUAUCCAAGGGAAGAUUAUUACGAAACGUUGUGUUUCCUUCCAUCAUUGAUGCAAUUGCAAUAGACCCUGGUGAACAUGUCUUCUAUGCCGGCAGCCGAGAUGGUAAAAUUUAUAUCACUGCUCUUAAUGCCGAAAGUUCCCCUAGCGACAACUAUGGAUUGCACAUCAUCGGUUCACUAACUGAUCAAAGUAAGCCAGUUACAUGCUUGGCAUAUAGUGCUGAAGGAAAUUUGCUAUUAUCUGGAUCAGAGGAUGGCAUGAUUCGAGUUUGGGAUGUGAAAACGCAAAACAUUACUCGCAUGUUCCGACAUUCCAAAGGCCCUGUGAACAAUAUCGUCAUUGUUAGACUCCCAUACCCCCUUGGUCGGGCAGAAUCAAAAUCACAACCUUCCUCAAGAAAGCAUGAACUUUCACUCCCACCUCCGCUAGAAAAAUACGCAAAUUCAAGCGAUGAAGACAUGGACAACAAGGCUAUUGUUAUGCUCCCAGAUACUAUCGACCUCCCUUCAUACCUCAGUUCUCAGCUAAUCAAUGAUCACAUUAAACAACUUCAGCAACAAGGGUCUUCGGCUGUGGCCGAAAUGGAAGCGAAGAGACUGAAGGCUGAUUGUCAAAGAUCAAAGGAGAUGUUUCAACAACUGAGAAAAGUUUAUGAUAACUUACAGGAAUUUUGUGUCAAUGAGCUCUUAGAUGAACAAACAAUGGAAGGAUCCAAAGGGAAUUAACUCAGAUACCCCUCAAACCCUUUUCUUUUUACACUUUUUUUCUUCAAAAUUUCAUUGUUGAAUUUGUUUCCAAUUAUAAACAAGAAUCCCAUAGCAAAUUUUUGUACCUUAAUUGUGAAGCAUAUUCUAGAAAGAUUAUAUGGAUUUAUGACAGCA